CCGGCGAUGCGUUUCAGUGACGCAUGACAUUCUUACCAGCAGCUGGAACGAGUUGGCUGCCAUGAGGCCUUGGACGCUCAUCUUUCUGUCACUCUUCGUUCUGGGAGGCGCAGGUCCUGGGUCCUCCAGCAGCCGCUUCGUGACGGACUUCCUGCAGGACGGCACGCAGGUGGCGGCAGACGGCGCCGGCGGUCCCUAUUUCGACUCCUCGGUGCCCGACAACCUGACCGGCCUCGUGGGGAGGACGGCCUACCUCAACUGCCGCGUCAAGAACCUCGGCAACCGUACCGUGUCGUGGGUGCGGCACCGCGACAUCCACCUACUGACGGUGGGCCGGUACACCUACACGAGCGACCAGCGCUUCGAGGCGCUGCACUCGCCGCACACCGAGGACUGGACGCUGCGCAUCCGCUACGCGCAGCGCCGCGACUCGGGCGUCUACGAGUGCCAGAUCAGCACCACGCCGCCCGUCGGCCGACUCGUCCAGCUGCGCGUCGUCGAGCCGCUGACAGAGGUGCUGGGAGGCCCCGACCUGUACAUCGACAAGGGCAGCACCAUCAACCUCACGUGCCUCGUGCUGUACGCCCCGGAGCCGCCGCUGGCCAUCGUCUGGAGCCGCGACUCGCAGGCGAUCAACUUCGACUCGCCGCGCGGCGGCAUCAGCCUGGUGACGGAGAAGGGCGCGCUCACCACCAGCCGGCUGCUCAUCCAGAGGGCGACGGCCGCGGACUCCGGCCGCUACACGUGCGCCCCCUCCAACACCGCCGCCGCCUCCGUCCGCGUCCACAUACUCGAUGUAGGCGAGACGCCAGCAGCCAUGCACCACGGCAGCUGCGCCACGGGUCUGCAGCCACCACCAGGCGGUAGAGAUAAAGUGCAGCAAAAUUCCACUAAAAGAAGGACCGAUUUGCUAUCAGAAAAUUCUGCAGACUGCACAUUGUGA